GAGCGAAGUUGGGCCAUUAGAUGAUGAAUAAUGCAUUAAUGAUGGGGGCUGGAGCUUCUUCCGCCGCCGCCGCCCCUGCUGCUGCUGCUGCUAUUUACUACAGUGAAGACAUUAGGUAUUCGUUCAACACCCUUGAGCCAUUGAAUCUCUUCAGCGGAAACAGCAAACAGGCUGUUGAAACCACCCCAGAUGAUCAUGAUGAUGGUGAUGGUGAUGGUGAUGAUAGUCAAGUUAAUAGAAUCAGUGCCAUUCCGGACGAACUUCUUUCCCACAUCUUAUCAUUUCUACCAACAAGAGAAUCAGCGGUUACCUCACUUUUGUCCACUCGAUGGAGACACCUUUUUGCUUCACGCCCUGAGAUCGAUCUCGAAUUCCAUCCCGAACGUAACCAUUCUGACCCUGAGAUCGAUCUCGAAUUCCAUCCUGAACCUGAACGUACCCAUUCUGACGCUGAUAUCGAUCUCGGAUUCCAUCCUGAACGUAACCGUAACCAAGCUGAUAAGCUGUUUUCUGAGUUCGUAAAUUUUGGCAAUAGACUAAUUUUGCUACGAAACAGGGCUCCAUUAAGGAAAUUUAAGCUCUCCCUUAUGAGGGUUGUGGAAAGCUAUCGUGGGGCACUCGAUUCACUGAUAUCUGCUGCACUUUUGUGUCAACUUCAAGAACUCGAAAUUUCUGUGGACAACCGGAGUAGUUAUAGGGAACGAUUAUCACCGGAGGGAAUAUUCACCUGCAAAACACUGACUUCCUUGAGACUAGUGUGGCGCCGUGUGGAUUUCAAAGUCCCCAGUCCAGUUUGUUUGCCUAAUGUUAAGCUCUUGUGCUUGAUAGGACCGAUGUUUCAAUUAGGAGAUCAUGAUGAUUCCCUGCAGAGGCUUAUCCAGGGUUGUCCUUUGCUUCAAGAACUAGAGCUGCAUUGUGCACUGGGGGAUUUGGAUCAAAUUUUUGCUGAGGAUGCAUGUAUGCAAAUUGAAAUUCGUGAUAUUUCUAGUCCUUUCCUGAAGAAAGUAGUGCUGCAUUUAGAUGGAGGUCUGGAUACUAAGGUUGUAGUGGAGUCGAACAAUCUUGAGAGUUUGGAAUACCAUUUCGUAGGUGCGGAGUAUAAGAUAAGCAUAAAUGCUCCAAAUCUUAAAUACCUUGGUUGUGGAGGCGACAUAAAUGGAGUAAGCUUUAUUCAAGACCUGAAUUCUCUUGUUAGUGCCAAAAUUGGCUCCCUCCUUGAAAUCCCUAAUUCUGAGAUUUUUUACAAUCUUGUCAACCAGGUGAAAAGUGUGGAAUCACUUACUCUAAUACAGCCCAAGGUUCUAACGGUCGAUAUUUCCAAUUAUGUGAUGCCAACUUUCAGCAAUUUGAUCAGCCUGGAGUUCAUUCUCCUCAAUUACCAUGCUGUUGAAUCCUGGAAACUCAUGCCAAUCUUAAUUAAAAGUGCCCCUCACCUCGAAAAGCUAGUCUUCGGUCGAAAGAUGUUUCGCGCUGAGCGUGUGGAAAAAGAAUUUGAGCUUCUAUUUCCAGAAUUCAUGCCGAAAUACUCCAUUGAACAUCUCAAGGAAAUAGAAUUCACAAAAUUUGACGAGAAGCGCUAUGAAUUCAAGCUAGUUGAGUAUCUUUUGCAAAAUGGAAAAGCUUUGAAGAAGAUGGUGCUACGUGGAUCUUUGCAACCCUCUAGCUAUGAUAGAAUAAUGUCAUACAUGAGAUGCUCAGAGGAUUGUCAAAUUGUGGUAGAAGAACGUGGUUCAGAGGAAAUCUGGUGGAUGCUAACAGUUGACUUAUAAAUGAUAUCUGUUUCAGUCAUGCAGGGAAGUCGUGGGAAAAUGAAGUAACAAAAUCAUCUGCUAUGUACAUUUGCUUUUUGUUGUAUGCAUAAAGGAUCAGAAUUCCCUGUUGUUC